AGGUCGAUUUGUUAGAUUAAAAUUCUUCAAAGUAGUGCUCCAGCAUGACUGCAGUUCAGUGACCGAAACACAUUGAAGAUAAGAGAUACGUAUACAUAGAAAGAGGGAGGAGCGUAGCGCAUAUACAUCCAUACACAUAUGCCCCGAUGUUAAAUAAAACAUGUUAUAAAGCGGGGUUAGAAAAUAGCAGGCGUCAGUUAGUGAAAGAGCACCGAUCUGUCUUCAGUUGCGAUAACUGAUUUGCUACGAAGUCUUCUCACCGAUCACUUUUACAAGUUUUUUUACUAUCUUUCUCACAAUGGCAACUACCUGUCUUCUAAGAUAUGUCCAGAAGGCAUAUUCCAGAGUACCUGCAAGAGCUUUCUCAUCCUUAGUGGAUCUUCCAGAUACACACAAAAUGCUGCAAGAAACAUGUCAUGGGUUUGCUGAGAAAGAGUUGAUGCCAGUAGCUGCUGAAAUUGACAAAUCAAAGAAGUUCCCAGCAGAGCAGAUAAAAAAACUAGGGGACCUUGGUCUUUUGGCUAUUACUGUACCUUCAGAAGAUGGUGGCACUGGAUUAGAUACUCUUGCUUAUGCUAUAGCAAUGGAAGAGAUUAGUCGUGGUUGUGCUACAUGUGGAGUUAUCAUGAGUGUCAAUAAUUCUCUUUACUUAGCACCAAUUAAAGACUUUGGAAAUUCAUCACAGAAAAAAGAAUUCAUCUCACCUUACAUAAACGGAGAUAAAAUAGGGUGUUUUGCCUUAAGUGAGCCAGGUAAUGGGAGUGAUGCAGCUGCAGCAUCGACAGUUGCACACCUGCAUGGUGACCAUUGGGUGCUAAAUGGUACCAAGUCAUGGAUCACCAAUGGCUAUGAAGCUUCAGCAUCAAUUGUUUUUGCAACAACAGACAAAGCUAAGAAACACAAGGGCAUAAGUGCAUUUAUUGUACCAACAUCUUCUGAAGGGUUUUCACGUGGGAAAAGAGAAGACAAACUUGGCAUCAGAGGUUCUUCAACAUGUAAUUUAAUUUUUGAGGAUUGCAAAAUUCCUAAAGAAAAUAUCCUUGGUCCAGAAGGAUCUGGUUUUAAAAUUGCUAUGCAAGUUCUUGAUGCAGGUAGGAUUGGUAUUGCUGCUCAAGCUGUCGGAAUAGCUCAGGCUGCAAUGGAUUGUGCUGUGGCAUAUUCUCUAAAAAGAGAAGCAUUUGGAGCCCCAAUUGCUAAAUUACAAGCUAUUCAGAUGAAAUUAGCUGACAUGGCAUCCAAAAUUGAUUCUUCUCGUCUUCUUUUAUGGAGAGCUGCUAUGUUAAAGGAUGCCAAAAGACCUUAUUCAAAGGAAUCAGCCAUGGCUAAGUUAGUUGCCUCAGAAGCUGCAACUGCUGUUAGUCACCAGGCAAUCCAAGUUCUUGGAGGAAUGGGAUAUGUUUCUGAUAUGCCUGCAGAACGCCAUUAUAGAGAUGCAAGAAUUACUGAAAUCUAUGAAGGAACAAGUGAAAUUCAACGUCUUGUUAUUGCCGGAAGCCUAAUCAAAGAAUAUCAGCAGAUGAAUCUUUGAAUCUUUACUGCAGAACAACAACUAAUAGACUAAUGAUCUGUGGUAACAUUAAUAUUUUUCCAAUAAAAUAAGAAACAAUUUAACCAAA